AUGGUCGGCGUGCCCGGUCAAUAUGGUGGGUGUGCGACAUGUCGCAGGAGGAAAAAAGGCUGCGACAGGAAGACCCCUUUUUGUACCCAGUGCGUUCAAGCUAGGCUCGUAUGCGAGGGCUACUCUCGCAACUAUUCGGUCUGGGUCAACUCGACAGACGGCGAGAAUCGCAAGUACACCAAGUGUACCGGCCGCGUACAAUCUUGUAGACGCGGGGCUCCAGAAAUCACCCUGCACGAGUCGCUGGCGAGAAGUACCAGAGAGGUUACUUACGUGGGUCUUUAUCUGGCAGCGUUCUUACCAAAUGGUCGCCUCUUCACCAAGGAGGCCGCGCAAAUAUCCUCUGCGGGGUGGCUAAGACACCUUGACAAAUUAUGUCGGUCUGAGAAAACUCUGCGCUUCAUUACCCUUGCUCACGGGCUGUCAAUGCUGGCUACGAGAGACAACGACAGCCAGCUGAAGUUCAAGGGCAUCCAGGCACACAGCAUAGCGCUGCAGGAAAUGCGCACAGCCCUGCGGGAUCCACAAAGGGCCUCGGGAGAUGGGAUCUUGGCCGCUAUUCGGCUGUUCCGCUUUUAUGAGAUUCUCUAUGGCGCCGAGUCCCGUGGUUCGGACAAAGAAAACCCUACCCUUCAGAUCAAGGGGUACUACGCCCAUACUGACGGUGAAAUGGCCUUGUUCAUGAACAGGGGCUGGCAGAAGGAUUGGAGCGAAGCUGGAAUGUACUUACUCGUAAGCGGCCGGAUUGUGUCAUUCAUUCUAGGCGUCGGACGAAGAAAGCGUUCGCCCUUCAGCGACAACAACUGGAUGUCAGCACCCUGGAAAUACAGAACAAAGUCCCUACUUGAUGGUCUGACUGACAUUCUGGUUCAAGUUCCGGGUUUACUGGAAGAGCUGGAUACCAUUAGAGCAUCUCCCAUUGCGGAGCGUAGUCUACGUGGCUGGGAAAACUUGCUUGGCGAAUGUAUCCGCAUCGAGCAAAUGUUACUUGCCUGGAAGGAAACCAUGGGAGACAAGCUGCAGACCUUUGAUUACUCUCAAUCGGGGAAUCCCCCCAAGAUGCCACAGGUGGACAGGGACUUUGCAUUGUUGCACAUGAGCUGUCUCUAUUGGAGCUGCUGUAUCCUCCUAUACACGACAAUCCAUAUGGCUGCGAAUGAGGCGCAUCAGGGUCCAAGCUUCACAUACUUCUUAACAAUUCCCUUUUCUUCUCCAGGAUGCCCCAACUACCGCAAUGAGCGGAACCCGACUUUGCACGCCCACAGGAUAAUUUACACCAUACCUUUAUCACAUGGGCCUUAUGCCGGAGGCUAUGGAGCACUGUGUUCAACGUUUCCGCUAGGCAUGGCGCUCCGUUAUCUCGCGGUGGCUCAUCUUUUCCCGCACGAGGGUGGUGACACCCAAGGCGUGCACAAACUCUCACAAGAACUAGUUUCACAACCGUUCAUGAAGGCGUAUACCGCACGUUUUGUUGGUCAUCUACACAAGGUCGACGUACCAGGGCAAUCUCUACAAGACAUAGCUGGAUGGUAUGGGGUAGAACUGAGGAUGAGGAGAUGGUGGUUUGGCCCUAUGCUUGACCACAACCUCGGUGCUAUAUAG